ACCCUAUUGUGUUUCAUCUGCAGAUGACGCUGCCAGUGUUGCUGCUGUUAGCCCUGCCUGUUCUUUACACUGAAGGAAGCUGUAUGAACAGGACUUCGAUACCACAGCUCUACUGCCUGAUCACUACUGCGCAAAAUCUGGCUCCAAGAUUACAAGAUGGCAGCGCCCUUAUCCAGAAUAUUUUGGCUUCACUUUUGUACAGUGGAAGGUUUUUCCUGCUAAACUCAAGUCUGGAGGACAGAGUUCCUAAGAUCACUGCUAACCGAUCAACAAAUCAAGCUCUUCCAACUCCUCCAGAGAUUGAGGGCAAGCUGGAUCGGGUGUCCUCAAUCAAGUUUGAUAAAACCAACCUGGAAUGGCAGAUCUUUAAUGGCUCUCUUCCCAACGGAGCUGUGUUCAUCAACAACCAAUAUGUUGGACGCUUAGACUAUGUCUGCCAAUUCUUUGGCCAGGCUGGUUUCUACAACCAUGGCAUGGGUCCUUACUGCUACUACACCUUUAGAGGGAAAGAGUAUGUUAGCUCUUUACUUUGGCCAUUUGAGAUCCUGGUAAACAAAGACAACUUUGAGUUAAUGGAAUGGAAAGAUGGCUACUCCGGUUCAGUUCCUCAGAAUGCAGUUGAGACCUGCUCCGGUUGCGAUAUAUAUGUUGGAAAGAACGAGUAUGGUCUUGGGAAGGUUGUUGUUAAAGAUAAGGUCUUCUACCUUCCGUAUGACGGGGAUGAGUAUUGGUACUACAGCUAUCAGGUCCUGAGCAUUAGCAAAGAUAUAUACAGCGAGGACAUGUUUGAUGUCAAGUAUAAGACUGAUGGGGUUAAAGUAAUUGAUUAUCCUCCAGAGACCAUGCGCAAGUCUUUCAUUACCAACUAUGAGUGUCAGUCAGUCACAGUGACAGCUACCGUCUCAAAGACAAUCCAAGUGGAGCAAACGUGGGACACCAGCUUUUCAAUCACAGUGGGCGUCAAGACUAGCAUCACUGCCCAAAUCCCCUCAAUCCUGUCCACAGGUAUUGAGUUUAGUGUGGAAAAAACCCUCCAGUUCACAGAGGGGACGACUUAUACCGAAUCCACCACCAGCACUGUUUCUGUUGAGGUCAAUGUCCCACCAAACCACUCCUGCCGUGUCAGUUUGGUGGGAUAUAAGUACGGAGCAGACAUCCCUUACACUGCACGCCUCAAGCGCACCUACAACAAUGAGGGGAUCUCAUGGACGUCCAUCUCUGGAAACUACAGCAGCGUCCAAAUGGGAGAAGUCCGGGGUGUGGUGGAUCCCUGUGAACCUGUACCUGAUCCCACUCCCUGUCCCUGAGAGAAAAAUGGAAAAGGUUCUAUGUUAUACAGUACCUGACAUAUUGUGGCUACCCUUAACAUUGUAAUGAAAAGCUUAACAAUAAACUUUAGCAUUUAAUCAUUGUUACUUGUAAAAUAAACUUUUAAUGCAAACUAAUGUAUUACAAGCCUGCAUUUCUUUAAAAUAAAAUUUUCCACAGACUGCUUUGACAGUUCGUAAAGUUUCUUUGUUGAAUAGCUGGGAUAUGCUUUUUGCCUGUGUGAACUGUAACCUCCAUGGCUUCUGAGAUUGUUUGUACCCUGCCUGUGCCCAGUAGGCACGUUCAUCCAUUCAUUGCGAACACAGACUGGUGGAACAUCUGCAGCAUCCUGUUACAGACAUUUAGCCUUGAAGCCUCUCCAGGAAGUGUGCCGACUCUUGCCCUUCUUGUAAGAUAAGCAUAUGUUUUAUAAUUUGUGCAUAUUUUUGACCAUGUCAUGAGUUAUAGCAUAAGAGAUCAUUCUGACACCACAUGUGAACCUUAGUGGUAUAAAGCAGCUUAAUACUUGACCACCGUUUCUGUAAGGUUGAAAUGCUGUUAUCAGUACAAUAUUUAUAUUCACAGGCAGCAGAGGGCAGCAACAGACAGAUAAAUGAAGGUUGACAUUUGACAACAAGGUUUUGGACGCAACUGUUGCAUUGAAUCUAUUCACUGACAUUUAAAGUAGAUCUAUGUAUAUAUGUAU